AACAGUGCAUGCACGACUGUACACAUUCGCUUUCUCUUCGUUAUUCUCAAUAAUAUGUCUUCUGCACUAUCAGAUACGACGCUAUCUCCAGCACCAUUCAGUCCUUUUUCAACGUACUCAGUCACCACUAGCGGCGCCACUUCCGAUGAUGCGCCUGACCUCGGUGCAUUUGCCACUGUAUUCCGCGAACUCAACCAUACCUACCAGAACCCACGCACGAAUACCCGACAACUAUCUGACAGCGGCGAGUCAGCACGCACACCAACAUCGACCUUUCUCCUAUCAGAUUAUGAAGCUCCGCCUGGUUCGACUGUGUGGACUCAAGGCCCCAUUGCUGAUUACCUCGAACAUACGGACUCCGAAGGCCAUGAUCAGACUUCGACGGAAGACGAUGCGGAGCCGCCGUCGAUAAAUCUCUCCAGUGUAUUCGGGUUCUUGGCUGAGGAGCGAGCGAAGCUAAUCGCGAUGAGGGAAGCCAGCACGGCGGCAGGGCGGAUUGCAGGACACAGCUCAUCAACGACCUCGGACGGCACCUGGCGACAUGUUGUCCCCACUCGUCGGCGCCGGCGCAAGCGAAAGCUCGACCGCUCUCAGUCAUUGCACAACCAGAUCCGCAAUCCCGUCAACGCAGACGCCACGACCGAAGAAGCUCAGGACAACGAUGAAGAAGACGAAGAAGAGGAAGCAUCGACCUCUGACCCUGGUGCUCCAGCGAAUUACUACGAAUCCACGCCUGCUUCUCCUCGUCCAAAGCCUCAUCGCCGGGAGCGCACAACAACCCACACCGUGCCAGAUGAAAGAGAAAGUCGCUUAACGAUACACCAAAGCCGAUCCACCCCAUCCCUACGACUGCAGGCUACGCUCCCCAUCGAUCCCCGUGUUCUUCAGCUGCGCAACCUCGCCCACAAACUGCGUAUGCUGUACCCGAAGGAUUCGAAAUAUCUUACAGCGGUUCUAUCCAAUGAUCAACCGGAUGGUUCUGAUUUCGUCGAUCCUAGAGGGCCAUCGCCAAGGCCGAAAGACACCCCAAUACAUGUUUUUGUUGAUUUCUCGAAUAUCAUCAUCGGAUUCCUCAUAUACCUCAAACGGCUCCGUAUCAACCGCAAAGUUAGACAUCUUUCGCAUGCAGCGCUUGCGCUGAUUCUGGAACGCGGCCGACCAGUAAUGAAACGGGUCCUGGCGACCUCUUCACCUCUUGUCCAGCCCGUGGACUCUGCAGAGCAGAUGGGAUACGACGUCUGCAUCCUACAGCGGGUACCAGACGAUGGCGAAGGCACAGACCGACAGCACUCCGGCAACAGUGGCGCGGAUAAUGCCCGCCCGCAGCACAUUAUACAUCACACCAAGCACAGCAAAGGCAAGGCACCACUCGUGAAAGGCCACAGCCGCAAGACGUCGUCCAUAAGUGGCAACGGCGGGAACUCGACCGAGUCCGACUCGAACGGCGCGAGCGCUGCACACGCGCCCUCUCCCGUGCGCAAACGCUACCGCGAACAAGGCGUCGACGAGCUGCUGCAGCUGAAGCUUCACCAAGCGAUCGCGACCACAGACGAUCCGCCGCCGGGCGCGACGAUCGUCCUCGCGACGGGCGAUGGCAACGUCGGGCAGUUCAACGAAGAGGGCUUCCUUGGCUGCGUGCGCCUCGCGCUCAAGAAGGGCUGGAAAGUCGAGCUGUACGCCUGGGAGGGUGGCCUCAGCAGGACGUGGAAGAAGGAAUUCGGUGGGAACAAGAAGUUUGAAAUUUACAUGCUCGACCGGUUCGCGAUGGACUUGCUGGAGCUUUGAAGGAAGCGUUAUACUUAAAGGACCCUCAGUCCAUCUCUCAAGCUAUGUGGAUCUCUGCACGCUGCUUUCUCUUUCGUCUCUUGCUCGGGCCAUUGGUUGCAUACGAGCUUCAUCUCGUCAAUGAGUAUCAUUGUUAUUGCUCUGUGUUCUUUGUAGUAGCACCCUAUAGUACUGUAUGUAUUUGUAUGUAAUACCCAAAGCUAAACGGAAGCCCACUACUCGUCUGCGACAAUGUACAGUAAUGGUACUUUGUACCUAUAAUCUGAACGUGGUAUUCGCGGUAUCGGCGGAACGUGAAGAUGCGCGAAGUAUUGGCAUACUCAGUCGUCCCUUGCUUUCUCGGGUUUCGAGAAGCCUAGUGGAUUCGCGUCGGAGAUCGAAGAUCCUCGAGGCCUACGAAACACGGGCGUACUAGAUGUUUGCUUCGUGCGAUCCCGCCAGUUUGAGGAUGCGUCGGCCACACUUGAGCUCGCCCGCCGAUGCUGGCCCGCAUAUUUCGCCGCAGACGCAUUAGCACUCGCAGACCCUGUUGUCUCGCGAGGCGACGGAGCGUCGCUGGGACUCGGAGAAGGGAAGUACUCAGAGCCUGAAGAUGGCGUCGCCGCCGCAGAUCGCCGCCAUUUAGGGACCUCUCCGUCACCUCCGUAUGUGCUCGCGUCGGGGGACUGCCCUGACAUGUGCACACGCACAGGUGGAGGCCUGCUAGAAUGUUUCUGACGCACAGACGUCGCAAGUGGCGCUGGGUGCUCGUCGUUGCUUCUAUUCAAUGCUUUGGUGAAGGAUGUGUAGAUGGCGUCGUACUGCUUCUGCCAGACUGGCUCGAAUAAAUCCAGAACGAAGCGGUGUUCGGCUGCAAACAGUUCUUCUGUUGUCUGCUCAGAGAACUGCAGCAGCCUCCGCCACUUUCUGUCUUCUUCGACCUCCUCGAGGUCGUCCUGCUCCUCUUCAGGUUGCUCAUCCUCCAGGUGGCCUACUUGUGCCAACGCAUUCUUCAGCAUAGGAACGUACUCGGCGAUCUGGUCGUCUGUAGCACAAAAAUCUGCGCAGAUGAGGUAGCAAGACGACCGCUCGCUGUGAAGUUUGCUGCCCUUCCCUGUCGUGAUUUUGCUGAAACAGCGCCGCAGCAACGCUAUAAUCUCGAUGAUCCAACUCCUAGUCUUGGUGUUGGUCACGAUUAUAGCGUCGCCGCCGCGCUGUAUGUUGCAUAGUAGGAUAAGAAGCUGACUGAGAGCCAGCUGUAUGCGGUAACUGGCGGGUACGCGACCUGCUAAUGUGGGGAAUGCUCCAGCGAUGAUGAGGUCGAAUGCGCGGCUGGACUGCUCGGCGUCGCCAAUAACUGGGUUCUCCCCCUUCGCGAUAGCAUCUUUGGCAAGAGACACGAUAUCAGCGAAGCAAAGUUCGUAACGCGGUUCUUUUAGGUGAGUCCCUUCUACAACCAUAGCCCACCGUGCUUCUUCGUCAGACAGCGUAAUACCGACCCCACGGGUCUCUUCGUUGCUCUCUAGAAGCCAGUUUGAAAAGCCUCCUGGAGAGCACCCAAGAUCGAGGAAUCGCUUCACGCUUCCUUGAGCGAACCGAAGCUUCUCCUCGGACUCCGCCAUCUGCGCGAACGCCCUCUGAUAGCUCCUCAGAUUAGCCAGCGGAUCUGUCGGCACGGUGGAGCGUAUCCUGUUGGCUUCGAAGCGUUCCUCAGUGGACGGA